GCCCGAAGAAUAACAAUAGCUGGCCAGCGGUUAAGUGGAGCGGACUGGAGUUUCAACGGGCGGCUGGCCAUUGUACAAAAACAUGUAAUGUGACAAGAGAAGAUGGACUUCCAGAAUCGCAACAAUACGGCCAACAAGUUCGUCUGCCCGAGCGACAGACAACUGGCCCUGCGUGCCAAAUUGAAGGCCGGCUGGAGCUGCUCGAAGACCAGCGAGCCGCUGCGCCCGGAGGAGCAGGAGGCCAUCAUCUCGGUGAUCCGGCGCAACGAGGAGAUCGAGGUGGCGGAGCGGCAGCGGGUCGGCCGGCUGGUGGAGCGGGUGGAGAAGAUCAAGCAGCACGCGGUGGAGCGGGGACCCAACUGCUGUCGCCUCUGCGGCGACACGUUCGGCAUCCUGCGGCCGCAGCGCAUCCUCUGCGAGGACUGCCGCCAGUCGGUGUGCACCAAGUGCAGCGUGGACAUCAACAUCCGCUACCACACCAGCGAGCGGUCCCGCGAGAUCUGGCUCUGUCGCAUCUGCUCCGAGACGCGCGAGAUGUGGAAGAAGUCCGGCGCGUGGUUCUUCAAGGGCCUGCCCAAGUACGAUAUGCCGCGCAGCGCCAGUGCCACGCCCAUUCCGAACCCGGGACCAGGAUCCAUGGCAGGAGACACGCGGGCCGUUCAAAGUUGCCAUGCGACGCCGACGCGUCCGGCGCGCGUGAAGAAGCUGACGAUCCGGGUGAACGACAGCAGUUCCAGCAGCAGUGGACACUCCGAGCCGGAGGACGAGGUGGACGCCGGCGUGGGCGGCGUCGUCGGAGCCGGGGGCGUGGCCAAGGGCGCACCAUCGACUCGACUGCAGCGGGAGGACAGCUUUCGGCUGCGAGCCUACGGCUCCAUACGCAGCUUCAUCGACGGAGGCGAGCGGAAGCUGUCGAACUCCUUCUUCUUUGGCCGCCAGCAGAGCCAGCGGCCAUCGGAGUGUCCGGACUACGACAGCGUCAGCAUGUCGAAGCUGAGGCGGGAGAGCAGCUUCCUGCGCCGGGGAUCGGUCAGCUCCUCGUGGUCGAUUAGCGAUAGUUCUGGAUCAGGUUCGGGUUCCGGUAACUCCGGCAACUCCCAAUCUCAGUCCCAAUCCCAAUCCCAGUCGCAAUCGCAAUCGCAGUUCCAGCAGCAGCAGCACCAGCAGCACUGCCGGGAUCCCCUGCUCGGUUGGCUGGAGAUCGCCAUUAGCUACCGGGAGGCGUUCCACAGCCUCGACUGCACGAUGGUGCGGGCCCGCGAUCUGCCGGCCAUGGACGCCGCCGGGCUGGCCGAUCCCUACUGCAAGCUGAACAUCAUCACCCCGGAGGCGCACACCAAGUACACGCGGUGGCAGCGCACCAAGACGGUGCACAAGACCCGCAACCCGGAGUUCAACGAGACGCUGCAGUUCGUCGGCGUGGAGCCCGAGGAGCUCGGCAACUCGCUGCUCUACGUGGCCCUCUUCGACGACGACAAGUACGGCCACGACUUCCUCGGCGCCGCCAAGGUCUGCCUUUCCACGGUGCACAGCACCGCGCAGUACCGCAUCUCGGUUCCUUUGGGAGUGGAGGACCAGUACAGCAACGCGGCGGAGAUGGCCCAGAAUUGGCCCAACGGCAAGAUGCUCCUCUCCCUCUGCUACAACACCAAGAGAAGGGCUCUGGUGGUGAACGUGAAGCAGUGCAUCAACCUGAUGGCGAUGGACAACAACGGCAGCUCCGAUCCCUUUGUCAAAAUCCAACUCAAGCCGGAUGCGCACAAGAACAAGAAGCACAAGACCAGCGUCAAGUGGCGCACGCUCAACCCGAUCUUCAACGAGGAGUUCUACUUCGAGGCGAGUCCGCACGACCUCAACAAGGAGAUGCUCAUCCUGACCGUCUGGGACAAGGACCUGGGCAAGAGCAACGACUUCCUCGGCAGCCUGCAGCUGGGAUCCCAGAGCAAGGGCGAUCGCCUGCAGCAGUGGCUCGACUGCAUCCGGUUGCCGGACCACUUCCACGAGAAGUGGCAUUGCCUCGCCCCCGACAAUCCCGCCCACUGAGAAACCCUCCCUGCCCCGCCCCGCCCCGCCAACGCUGCCCCUCCGAACCGAACUCGAUCCACCCCGAAAUCCGGUCGGCUUGAACUUAUCUAAGCCGACUUGGAGCUCCUCCCCGUAAGAAAUAUUUUCGCGAACUGAUUUCUCCGCCCACUUGCGAAACAUCCAAUAGAAUUUUAAAUGAAUCACAAUAGUUUUAAUAUUUGCCCUUGUAAACAGUCUUUCAGGAAAUAUACCUUGUAAUUGUUUUCCACAUUUUUUACAUAGUUUAGUAUUCGAAUAAAUAGUUGACAUAGAAGUAGUUCCACGUAUCUAGUAAAUUAACCCUUUAAAGCGAGCUUUUUAAAAUAUUCAAUACCUUUUAUAGAAACAUCUUGAAGAUUACAAGUCCCAUUAAACACCAAAUUGUAGUAGAUCUUUAUAAUAUUAGGUGCGGUAAAUACAAGAUCACACCAAUGGGAAUGGAAAUAUCUCAGAUUUUCCAAGCUCAGAUCUGGGCAAAAAAAAAGAAAAGAAAGGAGUUACGCUGAAACUAAGCAGAGAAAUCAGGUCGCGAAAAUAAGGCUUUAGCUCCAAAUAUACACAUAUUAUAUAUUAACAUAUACAUACAUAUAUACAUAUAUAUUAUAUACAUAUAUUUUUGAUAAGCCUGAGUGGGUGUGAGUAAGCGAGAACAAGCUAAAGAGAGAGCGAGAGAGCGCGAGAAUCGCUGUGUGUUUGUGUGACUGCUUUCCAAAAUUCUCGUACGUAACCCCCAUUUUUCUAUGUCUAUACUUUGGCUCUUAACGGCAUUUUUGUACACUGUAUAUAGCUUGUUUAAGUGUCCUUACCAAGGGUUAACCAACAUCAAAAUCUUUUCGAUUCAUUGCUAAAUUCAAUCUAUAAUUAAACGUAACUUAUGUACUUCAAUAUAUCGAAAUAUAUACAUCUAUAUU